CUUUUAGAUAGGACCUUCGUUGUGUUUUUAAAGAUACAAUGGUUCGCGCUUUUCCCUUCUUCAUUGGCACGAGUUUCUUGAUUUGGAGAAUACCAUUUACUGUUCUGAUCACGGCCUAGCCUGGCCUGUGAAAGUUUUGAAGGCUGCUACUCGGAUUCUUCUGUGUAUCGUGGGUUUGCUCGAUAUUUUCAAACACUGGUGGGUUUAUGUAAGGCUAUAUUUACUGGAGUAACUCACCUGUGAAUGACGUGGAAAUGAAUCAACUGUUUGCCACAGUUCUGGACUGAUGCGACUUUCUCUCCUGAUGCGAACCUCUUUCUGUGUGGGGGAAUUUUUUGUUGAUUGUGCCCUGCGACUUCCAACGCAGGCUUCAUCUAUUUAUAUUGGCAUCCAUUGUCAGUGUGAACAUCCAGAUUGGUUAAGGUGCAAGCGAAUUACUUCGUUCCCUGCAAAUCUCUCAUUAUAUUUUGUAAUUUUGUGUACUUGUAAGUGUUCGAAUAUAAUGGAGUAGCCAAUUCUGAAGCAUAUUGCUUAUUGCUUGAGUUUUAUUUUGGGCUUUUUAUUUAUAUGUUAAAAACCUGCAAUCUUGUGCCGUUUAAUUGCGAACUGGAACCAAGCAUAAAAAACAAACUACAGCAAUCUAGCAGCUUAACAUCAGUUCAUUGGCUCUUGACUUGGGGUGUUGAAAGAAGAGAAACUGAAAUUGUUGGAAGGGACAUUGCCCAGGGAGAGUGCUAAUCUCCUGAAGCAGGAGUAUUCUGUAAAGAGAGAAAACGCAGUAAGAGUAAGAAAUCGUAGGUUUCCUAACUCUGUUACAGCCAUGGCAUCGAAAGAAGCAGAUCCCUCGCUAGGGUUUCUAACGAAAAAGGAAACAGAGGUCAAACUGGCACGGCCCACACGAGUGAAAAACAAAACCCCCGCGCCGAUUCAGAUCACCGCAGAGCAAAUCUUAAGAGAGGCAAGGGAGCGACAGGAGGCAGAAAUCCGUCCCCCAAAGCAAAAAAUUACAGAUGAGAGUGAAUUAGCAGAUUACCGUCUCCGCAAGAGAAAAGAAUUUGAGGACUUAAUUCGCAGGGUCCGAUGGAACACGAAUGUUUGGGUGAAGUAUGCGCAGUGGGAGGAGAGCCAGAAAGAUUUCGCGCGGGCGAGGUCUGUGUGGGAAAGGGCUCUCGAGGUGGAUUACAGGAAUCCCACCCUGUGGCUUCGCUACGCCGAGGUGGAGAUGAAGCACAAGUUUAUAAAUCAUGCCAGGAAUGUAUGGGACCGUGCGGUGUCGUACCUCCCGAGAAUCGAUCAGCUCUGGUACAAGUACAUCCAUAUGGAGGAGAUGCUCGGCAAUGUUGCAGGGGCACGCCAAAUUUUUGAGAGGUGGAUGAAUUGGGAACCUGAUCACCACGGUUGGUCUGCAUACAUAAAAUUUGAACUCAGGUACAAUGAAGUGGACAGGGCCAGGGCCAUCUUUGAGAAAUAUGUUCAGUGUCACCCCACAGUGAAGGCUUGGAUUCGCUAUGCCAAGUUUGAGAUGAAGAAUGGGGAGAUUCCCAAGGCUCGGCGAUGUUAUGAGAGGGCAGUUGAUCAACUUGGGGAGGAUGGGCAGACAGAGGAGCUCUUUGUGGCAUUCGCAGAAUUCGAGGAGCGCUGCAAGGAGUUGGAGCGAGCAAGGUGUAUUUAUAAAUAUGCCCUUGACCAUAUACCUAAGGGACAGGCUGAAGAUCUCUAUAGGAAAUUUGUUAUGUUUGAAAAACAGUAUGGUGAUAGAGAGGGUAUUGAAGAUGUUAUUGUGGGCAAGAGGAGGUUUCAAUAUGAGGAGGAAGUCAAGAAGAGUCCGCUUAAUUAUGAUGCCUGGUUCGAUUAUGUGCGCCUCGAGGAGAGUGUUGGCAACAAGGAAAGAAUAAGGGAGAUAUAUGAGAGGGCAAUAGCGAAUGUGCCACCUGCAGAGGAGAAACGCUAUUGGCAAAGAUACAUCUACUUAUGGAUAAAUUAUGCACUGUAUGAAGAGCUUGAAGCUGAAGACAUGGAACGCACAAGGGACGUAUAUAGGGAAUGUUUGAAGCUUAUUCCACAUAAGAAGUUUUCAUUUGCAAAAAUCUGGUUGUUAGCUGCACAAUUUGAGAUACGUCAGAAAAAUCUGAAGUUUGCUAGACAGAUAUUGGGCAAUGCCAUUGGAAUGGCACCCAAAGACAAGAUAUUCAAAACAUACAUUGAAAUAGAACUACAACUUGGAAAUCUUGAUAGAUGCAGAACGUUGUAUGAAAAAUACUUAGAGUGGGCACCAGCAAAUUGUUAUGCUUGGACCAAGUACGCGGAAUUGGAAAGGUCUUUAGGUGAGACCGAACGUGGCAGGGCAAUAUUUGAAUUAGCGAUAGCUCAACCUGUACUUGAUAUGCCGGAGCUACUAUGGAAGGCAUAUAUAGAGUUUGAAAUAUCGGAAGGUGAAUACGAAAAAACAAGACAACUCUAUGAGAGACUGCUAGAUCGUACAAAGCACUUGAAAGUGUGGAUCAGCUAUGCCAAGUUUGAAGCUUCUGUCACUUUGGAGGAAGAAUCUAGAGCUAAUGAAGAGUGCCGAGAACCGAAUCAAAAUAUAAUUGAAGAACAGAAUCAGCAGCGUGUCCUUUGCACUCGUGGUGUUUUUGAAAGGGCGUUUGAUUAUAUGAGGACAACUGUCCCAGAGCAGAAAGAAGAGAGAUCAAUGCUAUUGGAGGAAUGGCUCAAUAUGGAGAGUAGCUUUGGCAAUAUGGGCGAUGUGAGUCUGGUUCAGAAAAAACUGCCCAGAAAGGUGAAACGGAAGAGAGCAAUCAUGGCUGAGGAUGAAACACCUACUGGCUAUGAGGAGUACUAUGACUACAUCUUUCCUGAUGAGUCAGCCAUGGCUCCUAACCUGAAGAUAUUGGAGGCUGCCUAUAAGUGGAAGAAGCAAAAGUCUGUUUCUGAUGAAGAUUAAUUUUAUUAAUAUCGUCCAUUAUGUUUCCGUUCUUUGGAGUUUUGAAGCUGCUUUUAACAUUUUGAUACCAUUUUUCAGUGAAUGGAGGUUAUGAGCUGGCCAUGUUUCUGUAAUUUUAAUCUAAUCAUUCUAUUAUGUAGAUAAUGUAUCAUACUUAAAACA